AUGGAGGAACCUCCCAUCAAGUUCGAGAUACCCGACAACUGCCGCACGUUUUCACCUUUCCCCCGUCUUCCACCGGAGCUCCGCCAUCAGAUAUGGGAAGCUACUUUGACGACGCCCGGGAUGCACUUCCUCAAGGUCGACACCGAGUAUGAGCCAUCUUCUGGUCGUGGGAGGUGGUGGAUUAGAGACUUUUCUUCUCCUCAUGAUCUCAUCGAGGACGACGACGAUGAGAAUGCUGACCCCGUUGCGCUCGAGGUGAAGAGGGAGUCACGGCCGAUUUCGGUACAGUAUGGCUCGCUGAGACCGCUUUAUCCUACUCGCCAAGCCGACAUUUCCUACUACACCAGCCUGCAUCAACAACUUGCCAAACUGUCAGUCACCUGCAACGAGGCUGCUGCUAUUGCAAAGAGCCUUGCAGGUCGAUCCGACACAUUCCGCCUGGACAACGGUCGCAUCAUCAGCUUGGGCUGCUCUUCGGACGUCAUCUACCUCGAGUAUGUUCCGCCUGAUGUUUUUGAGAGUGGUUUCCGCUUCUUCAGAUCGCUUCACUGCGAGGGCCUCGAUCAGAUUCGAAAAGUUGCGGUUCGGUACUGCCACAAGUGGAACGAGCAGCGGACACCUCGGCGAUGCCCAAAUUGCGGUCAGCUUCACCCGUCCCCAGAUGUCGUCAAGCACCCAAACCACAUUUACCGGUUCUUGGCCCAAUAUCUUCCCAACCUCGAGCAAUUCUACUUUGUGGACUACUUUAUCCUACGAAAAGCCGACACUGCAUCACAACCUACUAGGGAAGGCAAUGACUUGGGGGCAAAGCCUCGAGCGAAUCCCCAGCCGCGCACAUUUCAGGGCGGAAACAGGACCUACUGUGAGGUCAACGACCAUGACUGGAAUGUUCGACCUGUAGUCUGGGAGAUGAAGUCCUGGCUGCAAGAGCAGUUUGUCAAGUACGCAAAAACCAGCAAACUCAGCAAGCACCGAACCCCCGAAAAGGUCCAGUUUGGUGUACUGGCCUGCGAAUGGACCGUCGGUCCACCAGCAGAGACAACGAGAGGACCGAUAACACCGGUCAAGAAGGGACACAACAAGAGAAGACUCUCGGAAGAUCACAGCCCGUCGAGAAGUCGACGUCUGAAUAUCCAACGGGCUUCCGUCACUCCACCUCAAAACCUGCCCCAGGAGGCGACGCGCGGGUUCGCAUUUGUUUUUGGCGCACAGGAGGAGGCGAGCAAUGAGUUUGACUUUACGAUUUCGAUUCCCCUAUAA